UUUCACGGAAAAUAUUUAUUUGAUGUGUACAAUGUCAGGCGAAACUAAAACAUACAGAUUAAAAUUGGUAACCUGGAAUGUAGGAGAUGAAGAGCCCUUGGCAGACUUUACAGAUCUGUUGGAUCUUAAGACAGACCCAUUGCCUGAUAUUUAUGGCAUAGGAUUACAGGAGGUAGUGUCUGGGGAGUAUGGUGCUUACAAAAGCUCAUGGACAGCACUCUUCAAUGACAUCCUAGCUCCCAAGGGAUUCUGUCUGCUGAAGGCAGUCAAAAUGCAGGGCCUCCUCCUGGUUGUGUACAUCAAAAAGGAAGACCUUCUGUGUGCCACUCAUGUUGAGUCGGAAAUAUCACGGGCGGGGAUGGGGGGCUGGUGGGGAAACAAAGGAGGAGUGAGUAUCCGCUUUGAUCUCAAUGGCGUCAAUGUUAUCAUUGUCAACGCUCACCUAGCAGCUCACAGGCAUAACUCUGCCGAAAGGAUUGAGGAUUUUUUAACUGUUUUGGAUACACAGAAGUUCAGAGAUAAAGAUGUAGAUCAUAUAUUAGAUCAUGACUAUGUAUUCUGGAUUGGAGACCUAAACUUCAGAAUAGACGACUUGACUCAAGAAGAAGUACAGAAUUUAAUUGAGAAGAAAGACUUUGAAACUUUGAGGAAGAAAGAUCAGUUAAUCAAAUGCAGGGAAGAAGGUUUGAUAUUCUGUGAUUUUGAAGAAGGACAGCUAGAUUUCCCUCCCACCUACAAGUUCGAUAAAGGAACAGAUACCUAUGACAGCAGCAUUAAGAGGCGGGUUCCUGCAUGGUGCGAUAGGAUUCUGUGGCAGGUACACGACGAUGCUUUUGAGAAGAUAACAAUCGCAGCAGAGUUAUUGGAAUACAAGUCUCUUCCAUUUUAUGUUCUCAGUGAUCAUAAACCUGUGGUAGCCACAUUUAAAUUAAAGGUUUUUCCUUGCCAGAAAUUUCCAGCUCCUGUGAUUUUUGAUGUGGAGAAAUGUUGGAAAGCAGGUCAGAAUGUAGUUGUCAGAUACAAAAUGAGAAAAAAUUCAGAGCUGAUGUCAUCUAGUAGAGAUUGGAUCGGAUUGUACAAGGAUGAUUUCAAGCACUUGAAUGACUAUGUGACAUAUGUGUGGGCCAGGGAGCUAGCCGAGGGCUGCCCUGAGGGGGUAGAGGUGACCUUCUCUGGGCGCUAUCUCUCAGGGUGCCGGGGAAGUUACAGGGUGGCAUACAUCAGUAACUACAAGGACACACUUCUAGGGCUGAGCGAGGAAUUUCAGAUUGUCUCAUGAUUGACUGCCACAGUAAUGAUCGCCUAGUGACUUAAAGUAUGACACUGCCAAACAGAUCAGGAAAUCCUCAACAAAAUCGUCUAGUUUCCUCUUUAUAGUGUCUUAUUACAUGUAUCGGAUACAUGCUGUAUAUAACAAGAUCUACUGUGGUUUUUAGCUCACCUGAGCUGAAAGCUCAAGUGAGCUAUUCUGAUCACAUUUUGUCUGUCGUCCGUCUGUCUGUCCGUCCGUCUGUCCGUCCGUCCGUCUGUCUGUAAACUUUUCACAUUUUCAACAUCUUCUCAAGAACCACUGGGCCAAUUUCAACCAAACUUGGCACAAAGCAUCCUUAGCCUAAGGGGAUUUAAAGUUGUGAAAAUUAAGGACCACGCCUUUUUGUAAAGGGAGAUAAUAAGGAAUUUAUGAAAAUUUUCGAGAAAUUUUCAAAAAUCUUCUUCUCAUGAACCAUAAAACCAGGAAAGCUGAAACUUGUGUGGAAGCAUCCUCAGGUAGUGUAGAUUCUAAUUUGUGAAAUUAUGACCCCCGGGGGUAGGGUGGGGCCACAAUGGGGGGUCAAAGUUUUACAUAGGAAUAUACAGAGUAAAUCUUUAAAAAUCUUCUUCUCAUGAACCAUAAAACCAGGAAAGCUGAAACUUGUGUGGAAGCAUCCUCAGGUAGUGUAGAUUCUAAUUUGUGAAAUUCAUGACCCCCGGGGGUAGGGUGGGGCCACAAUGGGGGGUCGAAAUUUAACAUAGGAAUAUAUAGAGUAAAUCUUUAAAAAUCUUCUUCUCAUGAACCAUAAAACCAGGAAAGCUGAAACUUGUGUGGAAGCAUCCUCAGGUAGUGUAGAUUCUAAUUUGUGAAAUUCAUGACCCCCGGGUUAGGGUGGGGCCACAAUGGGGGGUCAAAGUUUUACAUAGGAAUAUACAGAGUAAAUUUUUAAAAAUCUUCUUCUCAUGAACCAUAAGACCAGGAAAGCUGAAACUUGUGUGGAAGCAUCCUCAGGUAGUGUAGAUUCUAAUUUGUGAAAUUCAUGACCCCCGGGGUAGGGUGGGGCCACAAUGGGGGGUCGAAAUUUAACAUAGGAAUAUAUAGAGUAAAUCUUUAAAAAUCUUCUUCUCAUGAACCAUAAGACCAGGAAAGCUGAAACUUGUGUGGAAGCAUCAUCAGGUAGUGUAGAUUCAUUGUUGUGAAAUUAUGACCCCCGGGGGUAGGGUGGGGCCACAAUUGGGGGUCGAAAUUUAACAUAGGAAUAAAUAGAGUAAAUCUUUAAAAAUCUCCUUCUCAUGAACCAUAAGACCAGGAAAGCUGAAACUUGUGUGGAAGCAUCCUCAGGUAGUAUAGAUUCAUAGUUGUGAAAAUCAUAACCCCCGAGGGUAGGCUGGGGCCUUAUUAGUUGGUUGAAGUUAUACAUAGGAAUAUAUAGAGUAAAUCUUUAAAAAUCUUUUUCUCAGAAACUAAUUAGCCAGAAAAGCUGAAACUUGACUGGAAGCAUCCUCAGGUGGUGUAGAUACAAAGUUGUGAAAAUCAUGCCCCCCGGGGGUAGGGUGGGGCCACAAUGGGGGGUCGAAGUUUUACAUAGGAAUAUAUAGAGUAAAUCUUUAAAAAUCUUUUUCUCAGAAACUAAUCAGCCAGGAAAGCUGAAACUUGUGUGAAAGCAUCCUCAGGUAGUGUAGAUACAAAGUUGUGAAAAUCAUAAUCCCCGGGGGUAGGGUGGGGCCACAACGGGGAAUCGAAGUUUUACAUAGGAAUAUAUAGAGUAAAUCUUUAAAAAUCUUUUUCUCAAAACUAAUCAGCCAGGAAAGCUGAAACUUGUGUGGAAGCAUCCUCAGGUAGUGUAGAUUCUAAUUUGUGAAAUUCAUGACCCCCGGGGGUAGGGUGGGGCCACAAUGGGGGAUCGAAAUUUAACAUAGGAAUAUAUAGAGUAAAUCUUUAAAAAUCUUCUUCUCAUGAACCAUAAAACCAGGAAAGCUAAAACUUGUGUGGAAGCAUCUUCAGGUAGUGUAGAUUCAUUGUUGAGAAAAUCAUUAUCCCCAGGAGUAGGGUGGGGCCACAAUGGGGUGUCGAAGUUUAACAUAGGAAUAUAUAAAGUAAAUCUUUAAAAAUCUUUUUCUCAGAAACUAAUCAGCCAGGAAAGCUGAAACUUGUGUGGAAGCAUCAUCAGGUAGUGUAGAUUCAUUGUUGUGAAAAUCAUGACCCCCGAGGGUAAGGUGGGGCCACAAUGGAAGGUCGAAGUUUUACGUAGGAAUAUAUAGAGUAAAUCUUUAAAAAUCAUCUUCUUCUCAGAAACUAAUCAGCCAGGUAAACUGAAACUUAUGUGGAAGCGUCCUCAGGUAGUGUAAAUUCAAAGUUGUGAAAAUCAUGAUCCCCGGGGGUAGGGUGGGGCCACAAUGGGGAGUCAAAGUUUAACAAAGGAAUAUAUAUGGUAAAUCUUUAAAAAUCUUCUUCUCAGAAACUAAUCAGCCAGAUGAUUCUUUAUAAUUGUUAAGACUUUGGCCCCAGGACAAUUCUUUGGCCUCACAAGAAGGUUCAGAGUUUGAUGUACGUUUAUAUCCCAUAUAUAAACAAUUGUUAAGGAUCUUUUUGAGAACUGCAAUACUCAACAUAUGAUAUGACUAUAAAAUCAUCCUGUUAGAAAAGGGACUAAUGAUUAUAAACAUAAGAAUAUCCAGGGGAAAAAUGGAUUUUAUUUAUACAGGAUCUACAUGUAUUAUUGUACAUUGUCCAGAUAGUUUGUAUUAUGACUCCAUUAAUCUGAUUUUAUCAUACCUAUUGUUCCUCAGGUGAGCGAUGUGGCCCAUGGGCCUCUUGUUUAUUCAAAAGUUUAAAAAGUUUCAGGAAUAUUUUUAUUGAAACAGCUUAAACUAUCACACAAAACAGACAUCUCCAUAUUAAAAUGAGAUGAAUAAGUAGAUACAUAAAUAGUUAGGUUAGACUGGGUCAAAAUCAAAUACAUGUAUAACACAGAAUUUUGGAUCUUGAAGUGUGGUCAGAAGGAACACAAUUGUUUUAGCCAUGGGAUACUUUGUAUGUGUAUUGUUGAAUCAAGUUAUAACUAGUCAAUAUCCAAGGAGUAUAAAUACACGUAUACUGGCCGAAAUAUAUCGAAAAUAUGUAAUGCAAUUUUGGAUAUGAAAUGAUCCGAGAAGAUUUUGGUUAUGUUCAUCUGAACAAAACACAUUUGAUUACGAUAUUUUAACAUUUACUUAUUAAUUGAAGCGUUGUGGUAAAAGAAUAUGUUUUACAAUUUUCAGGAAGUAACAACAAUGGCCUUAGAUUUUUACUUAUUUUUGUUGUGCAUAUGCAUAAUUUCCAUUGUCAGACCCUUCAAAAGAACAAAAUGUAAACUGAUCAAAAUGAUGCAUAGAGUAUUUCAUUUUGGACAAAACUUGUCCUUCUCUUACUUCAGCUUGUUCAACGGGCUUAGUUGUAUAUGGUGAUAUAUGUGUAUUAUACAAUACAUUAUGAUGUACCUAAACAUGUGUAACUUGUGCUAAAACUUCUGUGAUUAUUUAAUAAAUGUGGUUUACUUUUUAUAGAUAUAUCUAUAUAUUUAUUAAUGUGCGUAUCACUCAACAUUGGGAAUGUAAAUUAACAAUAAAAAAAAUUAUUGUGGUGAAAUUUGAAUAUGUUUGUUCUUGAUACUCAAACUUGCAUUUACUGGUUUAAAGACAAACCCUCUUGUUAAAAAAGGUUUAACCGCAUACGCAUGUAUUAAAUGUAUGUAUUAAUUUUUCAAUGAAGUAGUUUUUAAUUCGUUGUACUCACCCGCUCCAUCUCCAGGUGGAAAUAGGCUGUAUGCCCAAAUUUGGGAUAGGGAAAUAAUAUUUAAAGGGGCAUGGUCACGAUUUUGGUCAAAAAUCACUUUUCCGAUUUUAGUGUUUACAAUGCUUUAGUAAGGCAUUUUUAAUAGGUAACCGAAUUUUGAGUAUCAAUCGCUGAGUUAUCACCGAGAUAAUUAUCUUACAAUUCUUAGAUAUGUAAACAAAGCUUUUGUUUACAUUUAGAAUGUUGUAGUGAAAAAUCCAGUUUAAGACCUCAAAUGAAUGCAUGUGUUAAUCGUUGGGAACUGUUUAUUUAUGCUUAAAAUGAAUAAGAAGAUAAACAAAUCAGCUUGAAAAAGAUUUCAACUGGUAUAUUGAACCCAUGUAAACAAAAACAGGGCACGAGCCUUGUUUACAUGACAACAAGUUGUGAGCCCUAUAUCUUGCGUAUAACGACUGACUCUCGCAUUUUAUUGGAUCAUAAGAAAUGCAUUAUCUAAGCAUUUUAAAUAAUAAAAACCAGAAAAUAAAAGUUGACCAAAAUCGUGACCAUGCUCCUUUAAAAUAUGAAUUAUAUUUUACAAAUUCGCAGUUUAUAAACUCAAGUCGGAGAAGAAUGGAGAAUUUGUCAACGAAACUUAUAAUAUGAAGAAAUCUUGAUGAUUAAAUGAAAAGGAUGUCUGAGAUGAUCGCUACCUCUAAAGCCCAUAUGUUUCUCCAAAAAACAUUUUAAUGGAUAUUUUAAUCUCUUUAAAGGGACUGAGACACGAUUUGAGCUCAAAAUCUUAAAUUUUAUUUUUCCAUUUUUAGUGUUAAAAAUGGUUAAUAUGGGUAUUUUUAAUGCUUUGUCAAAAUUUGAAAGUCAAAUGUUGAGUUAUAAGCAAGAUACAGCGUUUGAAAUUCUUUGUUUUGUAAACAAAGCUCGAGCCUUUUUAAUGUUUAGACAUGUGUUUUAUUGGUACAAGUUCCAAUCAAAUGUUGCUUUUUCUGUUGAUAAUAUUAUUUAUGAACACAUUGAAUCAGUUUACCUUGUUUGCCACGAGUUAUUUUGUCAAAGAACUGGUAAAUCCAUACUUUACAUUAUUUGUAAACAAAUAUAAGACUCGAGCUUUGUUUACAUAACAAUGAUUUCUUACCUCUGUAUCUCUCUUAUAACUAGAAAUCUAACAUUCAAAUUUUGGUUAAUCAUUCAAAAUGCGCAAGUAAACAAUUUUUAUACAUAAAAUGAAAAAUAACAUUUUGAUAUAAAAUUGUGUCAAAGUCCCUUUAACCCUUCAUAUAAAGUAACUAAAGCACUCCCAUUUUACUGAGAGAAUGCUGUUUUAGCCAACGUUGAAGAUUAAUAAUAAAAUUGCAAGAGAAAUGCGAUAGGUUCAAAAUGCAAAUCCGAAAAAAUUAGAAUUAUGUACUAUAGAAAAUAGAACCAUUUUAACAAGGCCUUGGACUGUCCGUAGGACGUAGCUAUCAUUUCUUGCGUCAAAACAUGCUAAAAAUGAUGCUGGAUUCAAGUGAAAUAUGCACCGAUUGCGUAGUCUUAGCUCAAAAGCCAGACAAAUUGUGUUGAUUUCAUUGAGCUUUCACUGAGUGGGCAGCAAUGAAAUAGACAGGCAUACGUCACAUUGCUGUUUGACACAACUACGCAAAGUCCAAACUCCUGUUAUAAAGGUUCUAAAACAAAAAACUUUGAUUUUCUAAAGUUAUUUUUCCAAAAAUUCAACUCCCAUAUAGGUCGAUUUAAUUGUAAUUCACAAUAUAUGAUACAAUAUUGUAAUGUAUGAUAUUAUACAAUAUUGUAUCAAACCAUACAUUUGCAUACAAUAUGUUAAUAUCAUCAAUAAAUAUGAUUUUCAUAUAGUAUGAUAAAGGUGAUCUUAUAAAGGUGAGCUCUGUAAUCUUUCCUUACCUAUGUUUAUCGACUGUCUUAAGGAAGAAAUCUGGCCAUGUAUUUGAAUUAAUAAAAUAUAAACAUACAUAGAAUAUGCGUUCAGUUGUUAAAUGUGCUCGCAAGACUUGAAGGAUGUAUCUACUGUAGGAAAUCAAAACUUUUGCUAAAUAUCAUUUUGGCAGACGAACAGACAGAAAACGACCGAAAAGAACAGACAGGACAAAAACAAACUUCAUUCAUUCUGGGUUUUAAAAAUAUUACUAUUUACUAAAAAAUUUAAAUUUUGGUGUAUGGUAUGAUGAAAAAAAUCAACUAUAUAACCGACUUAGCCUAAAUUCUACACUUAAAAGCUAUUCGCGGGAUAGGUAUUUGGUAAAUUUUAUGAAAUUAAUCAUCAGCUAGCACAGAGUUUGGAAGAGAUAACUCGGACUCGGGAUGGUUUAAAGAAAAGUGAGAUAAUGUAGUGGGUAUCGGCCUGGAACACCCCUCUUUGCUGUGAAAUGUUAGUUUACCUGAGUGGAGUAUAUACGAGACAUAUUUUGUUCAUUUUAACAAAAUAUUUUUAUUACAUAUAAAUAUAUACUAUAUCUCACCUAAUACAUAUUGUCAUAUAAUGUGCAAAUCUGAUAAGCAAAGUAGAAAUCACGCGUUUCAAAUUGUUCGACAAUCAAUCAUAAUUGGUUUAUAAUUUUGGUCACUGUAUUUUAUCAGUCUGACUUGUUUUCAGAGUCAGAAAUGACUUUAUGAUGGAGUACAAAAAGAUAAUUAAUAUUUACAGUCAUUCACUCGCCUCACAGAAGCACUAAUGCACACACAGUGUAAACAUGUUACAGUCAAACAUUGGAUAUAAACUGUUAUG